CGAAAGCGGAAGAUACAUCACCAAGAGCGAAAAUCGAACUGUCACGUCGUCGACAACUGAGGGAAACUCAUUUGAAGGCGUUCCGCUCAACUGGGCCGAUGUUCCUCUUGUUGGCAGGGAAAAAGAGGAGCGGACUAUUCGGAACGUACUUUGCAAAAACCGACAAAAACAAGCAAAAUCUGAAGCCAUCUUUAUCCAUGGAUCCUCUGGUACCGGAAAGUCGUCUCUGGUUCGUGCUGUCUUGUUGUCUGAACAGGAGAGAGGGCAAGAGUUCUGGGUGUCCGGAAAGUAUGCACAAAGUGACGGCUUAUCGAGACCAUUCAGCGCCGUCAUUGACGCCGCAACAGAACUCUGUCACACAGUACGUGAUUCAUCGGAAUCGGUAUCGAUUAGAAACAACAUUCGAAGCAACUUGACGGACGACGAGUUACAAAUCUUAUGUGCUGUCGUUCCCAUGAUUGGAUUUCUGUUGCCAAAUUCUACGGAUCAGAUCAAUCCAACGUAUGGUGUUGUAAAUGAGUCAACUUUGAUCCGCUUCAUGAGUCUUUUUCGCGCUUUUCUCGCUGCAAUAUGCUCACCUUCACAUCCCAUCGUACUCUUUCUUGACGACCUACAAUGGGCCGAUGAUGCAUCAAGGAAGCUGCUGUCGUCUUUUUUCAUGGAUCUCGAUCUCGAAAAUUUCUUGUUCAUCGGAAUUGUCAGGGACGGUGAAGAGACUACGUUUGAUCCGCCGGCAGACACUCUGAUUCCGUGUCAUCAGCUCGUUUGUGGAUCGUUAAUUGAGUCAAAUGUCAACAAAAUUGUUGCUGUGGCAACUGGUUUGAAGGAAGAGGAAACAAAGCAAUUGGGGUGGAUAGUCUUUCGAAGAACGUACGGAAAUCCUUUUUUCGUCAAGCAGUUCCUUGAGUCACUCCAUCGGGAGGAGCUGAUUUCUUACAAUGCUAAAGACGAACGAUUUGAUUGGGAUGUUGAUAUAAUUGCGAAAAGAAUGAGCCCCUCCUCCAACGUCGUGGACCUUCUCGUUGACGAAAUUUCGUCGUUGCCCCGCGACUCGCAACUGGUGUUAGUGAUUGCCUCAACGCUCGGAUACACUUUCGACGCAAGCGUUUUGGAAACAAUUCUGGAAUCAGUAGAUUUAAUGAGUCUUUUUCCCCGCAAACUUCUCCUCGACGAAGAAAAUGCAGCUGCGGAUCCUGUCGAAGCUCCAUUACUUCAGAGCCAUGAUGCCUUCUGCAACGUGAACCUUCAGAAGUCUCUACGCAAAGCAUCCAAAGCAGGUUUGAUUCAACAGAUAUAUCCAGGCAAAUACAAAUUCACUCACGAUCGUGUCCAGCAGUCCGCCACUCGCCUUCUCCCUGGUGGGCGGAGAGGAGAGCGCAUCAAGUCUAAUCUUGGUUUGCUUGUCCUGGAAUUGAGUCGCUCAAACAAGUCAGAGGACUGGAUGCUUUUUACAGCAACCAAUCUACUCCUCGAGAAUUCAAUCGAUAUUGACAACGACAAGGUAGCCAAGCUCUGUCUAGAAGCUGCUAAAAAAGCUUCGUUGCAAGCAGCUUUCAAAUCUUCGGCCACGUACGCAGAUUCCGGUCUGAAGAAACUUGGAAGCAGCGGCUGGAAAAGCAACUACGAGCUGUGUUUAGACUUGUGUAGUCUCUCGGCAGAAAUGCACUAUUCAAAUGGUAACCUGAAGUCAACGAAAAAACGUGUCAAAAUCAUCGAAAAGAAAGCCUCCAAGGCAGAGGACAGAUUUCGGGCGUACAAUGUACUCAUUGAUAUGCUCUUUUCGGAAGACGACUUUUCUGGAUGUAUUGAGGAAGGUCAGCGUGGAAUGGAAUAUCUUGGAGUAAAGACACCAAAGAAUCCCGGUCUUCUCAACGUCGCGUCCAACCUUUUGAAGUGCAAAAGGCUGCUAGCCGGACGAAAAGCUUCCGAUUUGAGCUCAUUGCCGACAAUGGAUAACGCUACCGUAGAGGAAGUCUUACGCCUGAUGUCCACGACAGCAAUGGCUUCAUGGCACAAUGGCGACAACAAUCAUUGCGUUGUAUUGUGCUUAAUCAUGUUUCAAACAACUCUCAAGCACGGUAUUUCUGUACAUGCGCCGUACGCUUUGGUGGCCUACGCUGUAUGCCUUUCCCACUUAGGUGAGAUGAAGGAGGCCGUAGAAUAUGGAACGGCGGCUUUACAAUUGCUCAAACUACCAGGGAUGGAGCCAGCUGUUGCGAAAACUUUGGUUGUUGUACAUUCCUUUCUGUGGCAUCUUAAAUUUCCUAUGCGAGAAAGUUCAGCAGAGCUCACCAAAGCGUAUGAAGUGGGUGUGAAAGCGGCGGAUUCACUUCAAUCAUGUAUGGCUUUGCGUGUUGCUGGAGCGCUCGGAAUUUUUGUCGGGGCAAAGUCCUUGCCGGAGCACGAAAGCGUCGUACAAAAGUUUUGUGUUACCUUGCGAGAGUACAAGCAAUCCGGCGUACUGAAGAUGCUGCUUCCAUGGGCUCAGCUGAUAGAAAAUCUCCGCGGAAAUGCGGAGUUGUCGACUGUUCUCCGAGGCACCUUUGCCGACGAGACUGCUAUUGUUGAGCAGUUCAAUUCUUCUUCUGCAAACGAGGUCAACCACAGACAUGCCGCGCUUGCUACUCACUAUGCUCGCAUGGUGCUGCUCUAUCUUUGCGGUGAACACCAGCUCGCCGAACUUGACCGCAAGAAAUACUCUAAGGUUGAAGGCGAAAUGUCGACUUACGUGCAAAAACUUUUCCAUUUCGUUUUUGCGGCUCUCAAUUGUUUCGCUUUGGCUCGUGAAAGCAGUAAAAAAGCACACAUCAGCAAGGCAAAAAAAUACAUGAGUCUAGCCAAGCCGUACGUAAAGGAGGGAUCUACGAGCGUUCUCGCUUUGAUGGCUCUACUCGAGGCGGAACUUUUGGCGGCACACAAGAAGUAUAGCCCAGCGAACGACCAAUACAAACGCGCAAUGAAGAUGUUGAAACGAGAAGAUUUUCAGCUACUGCACGGUAUUGCGAUGGAGCGAGCAGCAUUGUGCCUCUUCGACAGUGGGAAAAAGAAAGACGGGGAGGUCUACUUGAAGCGGUCCUGGCGCAAAUUUGAAGAGUAUGGCGCUAAGGUCAAACUGGAACAAAUGGAAAAAUUACACGGUAGCAUGGUUCACCUCUAGGUUUUCCUAUUGAUGUGAUCGAACUCUUCCGUCGAUAGGUUUACAUUCGAGAAUGUAACGGGGAAAUAAAAAUGAAAUUCGCGAUGGACGAUAAUUAAUAGUACGUCAAAAUUCAUAUUUC